CCCACGCCUCUCUCUGGGGUGGGUGUUCGUCUAUGGACUACGCACGACCUCCGCCACCUCCGUCUCUGCUGCUGUUGUCCAGCCUGCGCGGAUGACCGGCCGAGCCUCCUCUCGCCGGCUCCCGGGGCUGAGCGAGGGGACUCGGUCGGGGAGAUUUGGGGCGCGUGCGGCUGACGUUUCGGGUCUCCGAGCGCCGGCCCCACCUCCCCAGUCCUUCCAAGUGAGCUGGUCUCCCCGCUUUCAGAGCACCCCUUUCCGGGAUAAGGCAUCACCUGGGCCAGGGGCAGCGUCCCCGACCGCUUCCUCCCCUCCCUCCCCAGUCACUUCCCCAUUUUCUCCCCGAGCCCGGCCCUCCGGGGCUGCCCAGCCCCUCACACUCAAAGCCGAUGCGGGGUUGGAGGAAGGAGGGCUGGGAUCCAACCGACCCCGUGGGGACCUGGAUUUCCAGGAAGAAUGGCGGCGACCCAGCGCGGAUGGGGGAGCCAGGCAGGCAGCCCGGGAAGAGGGAGAUGAUGCUGUACAAACCGAUGUAAAGACCCACGUAACAACGUGUGUGAACCGUCUGCAAGGCUGGCUCAGCCUCUGAGGUGCGAAGAAUCCAGUUUCAACCAGGUGGUGGAUCAAAAAGAUGCCAUCGCGGUGUCGGCGGAGGCUUCUUUCCCACUGACCCUGCGGGCGAAGGCACCUGGGUGACCCCGGCGGAACACACUCCCCGCGGCCCAUGUCCCGCCACCAGGUAGAUGGACUAUAAGGUACUUGCCCAACAAACCACUCAAGAUAUUUUAGGUUACAGUCAAGAUACAUCAGGCUGGAAAGUAGUUAAAUCUUCAAAAAAAAUAACUGUUUCUAGCAAGGCUUCUAAAAAAUUCCAUGGAAAUAUAUAUCGUGCUGAAGGAAUAAUUUCAGAAUCAACAUCUAAACUAGCUGAUUUCCUCUACAAGCCUGAAAUUAGAAUUAAAUGGGACAAAUCAUUGAAAGUGUACAGUAUGAUACACAAGAUUGAUUCGGACACAUUCAUAUGUCAUGCCAUUACACAAAGUUUUGCCAUGGGCUCAAUUUCCCCCCGAGACUUUGUCGACGUAGUGCACAGCAAGUGGCAUGAAGGGAAUGUGUAUGUGAUCAGUUCUAAAAGUGUGGAUUUUCCAGGAUAUCCUCCAUCUUCACAUUACAUCCGUGGUUAUAACCAUGCUUGUGGCUUUGUCUGUUCACCUCUGAAAGAUAAUCCAGCGCAUUCCAAAGUAGUGAUGUUUGUCCAGACAGAAAUGAGGGGGAAAUUGUCCCCAUCAAUAAUUGAAGCAACUAUGCCUUCCAACUUAGUGAACCUCAUCCUCAGUGUAAGAGAUGGAAUAAAGACACACAAAGCUCCAUCAGAACGUGGACGUCAUCAUAGUUCCCAAUCGCUCCCUAAGAAGAAAUGAGGCUGUUUAUAAUGAGGCCAUAUAAAAUCAUUUGUAGCAGUUACUGCAGUUUAUUUCUAAGUCGAUAUGCAUAAUUACUGUUAAACUAUUCUAGACAGUAUUCUUGUACAAAUUACUGAAGGUACAUUGUGGAAAUGAGAACUCAUAGUUAUACAAGAGAACAGUCUUAAAUAUAGUUUUGAAUCGCA